AAAAGAACCAGCAGCAUGAAAUUGUGAGAGAGAAAUUCAGCUUUCAGUAGUGAUUCAACUUGUCAACGAUCAACAGUUACGAGAAAAUAACGAUCGUAAUUUUUACUUAUUUUUUUUUCUUAUAAAUUUUUCUUAUUUUUCGUUACGUUAAGUGUGAAAGCAGAAAGAGACGAAAUUUUUUACUUUUAAUAUUAAAAUAGAGACAUUCUUAGCUGCUGUUCACAAAGAGCCGCAAAAAAAAUCUAAAUAAAUUAUAAAUACGUAUUCGAGACCGGAGACGCGUCGAGUUAUAUUUCUUUAUAAAUAAUUCUCAUGCAAUUUCUUCUUCACAUAUGUCUAUGAUGAUCUAGCCAUAUGAGUCAGUAGAUUAUCAGCAAAGAGUGAAAAAAAAAUUAAUUUUUUGUGAGUGUCUUAAUUGAUGUGUGAUAAAAAGAAAUAAAAUACAAGGAAAAGAAAAAUUAGUCAUAAGUUGAAAUAACAAGACACAAUUAGACGGUGGAAAUUGGAGAUAUAAAUUAAUUUAUAUGAGAGCAGCAGAACUGUGUGUAUCGAUGUGAUACGUCUAUGUACAAACAUUAAGAAGCAAGGGAUUGAAAGACGAGAAUUAUAUUUUGAGUGAAAGAAAUAAGAAAUUUAAAACGAUAUAGACGUCUUUAAAUAAAAAUGUGAAAUGUGUUACUAUUUCGGCAUCUAAAAUAAACAAUUUUGGAGAAGAAGAAGAAGUGCAGUCAGAAAGAGUUUUUCCUUCUGUAGUAAAAAAAGAAAAUAUAAAUAAAAUAAGUGGCAUCAAAGAACAAAAGAAAUGAGAAACAAAUGAAAUUCCAUAAUAAUGUGCAUAACGAGAAAAAUCUCAUUCUGUUUGCUCGUCUUUAUACAAAUAACGUUGCUGUUAAAUGCAUCUAAGGCAGCGGCAGCAGAUCCAAAAGUCGAUAUUUGCACAUCAUUAUGUCGGUGUGGAAAUGAAACUGGCAUCGAGAAAAUUCACUGUGAUUUUAAUGAAGAUAAGGAAUAUAAACUUGAUGAUAGACUGAUACUUCCAUUAAGAGCCAAUGGUAUCAACAUAUCGCUUGGUGAUAAUUCAAAGCUUGAACUUCGUGAAGGUUUUUUCGGAAGCAGAAACAAUGUCAAUUCCUUAUCAAUUCAGGGCAUUAAGAGUGAUUUUAAAAACAGCAAUAAUCAAGUGGUGCUUGCGAGACAAUCACUAGUUGGAAUCAGAGGAACUCUUCCAGAAAUUAGCUUUAAAAAUAUUAAGCGUGUUACGCUGCUUGAAAAGUCAUUAGAUGAUGUGUCUGAGAUAGUUUUAUUUGUGGAAAAUAUUUGGAAGGUGACAGUUGAAAAGGAAGUAUUCGGCUCGACGUCAUACAAUGCCACGUUCAAUGACAUCGCCGACUUGAACCUGAAAGAAGGUUUUCUUAGAACAAAUGUAGUCGAGAACAAAAAUAGAGUAUUUAAUCUUUUCAUCAAUCGAUGUCAUGUAUCUGAAUUGCUACCGAUGUAUGGAGCUUAUUUGACAGAAUUAAGAAUUGAAAAUUCCGAUGUUGAAUCAAUAAAAUCAAAGGCAUUUGCAAUGAAUGAAAUUGAUUCGCUUGUGAUGAAUAAUGUCAAGAUUCAAUCAAUCGAGAAAGAUAUAUUUCGCGAAGGGACAAUCCUUCGCAAUUUGGCUGUGACAAACUGUAAAAUAGGCAAAAUUGAAUCCAGAGCAAUUCAUACCAUAGGAACAACUUCCUUUAUAUUUGAGAAAAACUUAGUUCAAGACACAAUUGAGGAGGAUUCAAUAGAAUUUAUCGGUGCAAUUGUUUACAUAGCACACAAUACGAUCAAUAAAAUGGGAUCAAAUUGGCUGAGAGCAGUCGAUGUAAAUAAUAUUACAGUCAUGAACAAUACAUUUGGAAUGUUUGAUAGUAUGAUUCUGGACGGUAGCUCAAAUGUGACAUGUUUAUUUUAUCAUAAUAAGUUUACGACAGUGGAAGAAGAUAGCUUUAAAAGAAUUAGUAGUAAAUGUCCGUACAAGCAGUUAAUUUUUCAUGAUAAUUGUAGUUGCAAAUUCCCACAAUGGCUCCAAGGACGAUUUGACGAGUCUUUUGUAAGCUUAAAGGAUUUAGAGUCAGAAAGUUUUUGCACAUUAAGAAGCAAUGAUGAACUUUUAAAAUGUCUAAAUGGAGAGACAAUCAAAUUCGAGCAUUAUUAUGAGGAAAAGUGUAGCAAGUCGAACAAAGGCAAGAGAUUUAAUUGUAAAAAGGUGAAAGUUGAAAAAAUUGAUGCCAAGUUUGUGGACCCAAAGAUAUUAUCCGAUGAAAUUGACUGGAUGGAAUAUGUGAACAUUUAUACAAUUAUUUGUUGUGCAUUAAUCAUUAUACUGCCCUGUUUUGUUUGCAUUCUUUUCAACAAGAGAAAACCGAGACGUGACGAAAAUUAUAACACAAGUAAUAACUUCCACCAUAAUCAUCAUCAAACAGACUUAUUGCAUUUAAAUCAAUCCGAGGGACCACCAUCAUAUGAGGCAUCGUUGCGCUCAACAAAGUCAUUUUCCAAUCAUGAUCGCAUAAUCAUAAAACAAACGUUAGACAUAAUGAAACAAAAGCAACCGGAAGAUAAGUAUGAGAUGGUAAACAACAAUACUCAACGACUCCUACACGAGCAUCUAAAUGAAUACGAGAAAGUCAAAAUAAUUGGAGACAUUGUGCAAACAAUCGGUGAAUGUGAAAAUUGUGGUGAAGACUUUGUUGCAUUUACUGACAUUCUUUAUAAGCAUCUUGCACCAGUAACAACAACAACAUUAAGAAGCACAACUGUUUCAAACAUACCACAACAUAAUCAACAACCUCUUGUAAUUGACGAUCUUUAUUCAGAACCCGCCCUACCUCAAACAUCAAAUUCAACACCGUCCGCAAACAGAGGGUUUUCGAAACAGCAUUCGGAGCAUAUUUAUGCAGAGCCCACAAUGUUAACACAGCAACAAACAAUGAUGCCACUUUUGUUAGCAAAUAAUUACUCAAAUCCAUUAGAUAGUAAUUCAAAUGUCAAUAACAACAAUGUUUAUUCGGAGCCAAUUAUUCAUGAUGUUGCAGCUGCAAACUCAACACCUUCAUUGGGCUCAUUCAAACCGUUAGUAGCAACUCCCUAUGCAAUUAGUCAAACAAUUGAUCAACCGUCCACAUCGAAAAAUCUUCCAGACAUUGUCAAUCGAAUGGAAGCUGGUCCAAGCAAUGCAAACCAAAUUAAUCGCAUAACACGAUCUCCAAAUACGAAUCGCAAAAUACCCGAAUAUACAGUGCCAUCAACAUCACAUAAAGUGCCAGUGCGAGUGACACAAGAUAAUAUUGAGGAUUGGAGUGACGAGUCAAUGGAAAAUUCAACUAGUUCGAAUCAUUCUGGCGGAUCAAAUGCAACAGUUAAAAUCGAUGAGUUAUUAGAAUGAACAUGCAAAGUUCAUUGACAUUUUUUUUAUGUAAUUUUAUUUUAUUCGACAAAAAAAAAUUAUUGUACAUACCAAAAUAGAAAGUGCUUCAAAAAGAAAAAAAAAAUAUUUUUUAUUUCCGGGCAAUUUUUUUUCCCUUGGAAAUGUCGAGUUACAUUAGUAACACGUUGUGUUAUUUUGCAUAUAUACACAUGAACUUUUUUUUAGACAAAAGAAACGAAUAUGAGAAUCAAAAUUGGAAAGACUGUACGAUAAUCGCUAAAAAAAGAGGUUCAUUAGUCGUGAUUUAUAGUAAAAAGAACUAUAAUUUCUAUUCUUACGCGGAAAAGAAAUUUAAAUUAAUUAACAGCUGCAAGAGAUCAUCAAAAAAAGAUAAAUACAAUAAAAAGAAUUUCUUUUCAAGUCUCUUUUUUUCUGUAUAUAAAACCAAUUCAAUUUCAAAUAAAAUAUAAAACGCAUUGUGUGUAGGAAAACGUAAAGGAAUCGUAAACAAAAACUGCUGUAAACUAUUUUUUUUUUCAUUGAUUUUUAAUAAAAAAAGAAAAUGUUCUCAAAUUCUAAUGAAAAUUUUGUAA